AGUAAAUAUCAACAGAAUUCCGUAAAGAAAGAAAGCCGCGCGUCGCGGCUAUAGCUAAAAAUCAAUAAAAUGAGCCUCGACGACGUCAUAUAUGUUAUCUGCCUGUUGGCCUGCAUUGGCGCCGGAAGCUACGUAAAGAAAAUUCGCGAUGAGACGCAGCGAAAAACUAUUUGCACCGGACUUGGAGUUCUUGUUGUUGUUAUCGUCUCGGGCUUCCAUAGUCUGCACUGUAUCAUAUCGGUAGCAUUGGGAACGACCUGUGUGCUCCUGGUGCAUCCCAGCAAAUGCCAUUUAAUUACAUUUGGUGUUAUGUUUGGCUAUCUCGUCUUCUUCCGUCUGGUUUAUAUUUUUGGCCUUCCCGCCGUGCCCGGCCACACGAAUAUGAUACAGAUGUUGCUUACACUUAAGGUCUCUGGCAUUGCAUUUGAGAAAAACGCUUCCUGGAAGCGUUUGAGAGCACGCGAUGAGCAGGAGAAGAAUACGGAGCGUGAUGUCAACAGUGAGCCGAGCAUUGAGAUUACAGAUUACGACGUGGACCUUCAACAACUCACGGCUAAUGACAUUGUCCUUUAUAGCUUAAAUUACGUAGGCGUGCUCACAGGUCCAUAUUAUAGAUACCGCACUUAUCGGGAUUACUUUGAGAUGCCCUUUAAGGAUUAUGCUCCCAGCGCUCAAGCAACCAUUGAGCAGCUCAAAUGGGCCGUCUUCUACUGCAGUCUUUAUCUGUUGGCCAACUAUCUUUGGCCUUUGGAUUACGCACUCAGCGAUGAGUUUUACAACGAUCGUUCCGUUUUCUAUCGUCUGAUGUAUGUGUGGCCCACAUUCUUUAUCUUCCGUGCCCGCAUCUACACUGGUCUCACGUUGAGCGAGUGCGUCUGCACAAUGGCAGGAUUCGGUGCCUAUCCAGAUGAGUCGGAUGCCACCAAUGGCGAGGGACCUCGCAAGCGUUAUCAGCACCUAAAGCGAGAUGCCGACAAGCAUUCAUACAACUUUACAACCAUUGUGAACACACGCGUCGGGGAAGUGGAGCGUUGUUGGACAUUCCGUGAGGGCAUGAAGCACUGGAAUGUAUGCGUUCAAUACUGGCUGGCUGUCAAUGUGUACAAGCUGUUUCCCGUCAAGAAAUAUAGAACUCUUGCAACAUUUCUGUGCUCAGCCUAUUGGCAUGGCUUCCGGCCGGGACACUACUUCUGCAUUAUGGGAGCACCCAUCUACGUGCCAUUGGAGGACAUGUGGCAUAAGCUGGUGCGCAAGGAUGCAAUCGGCAUGCAGCGCAAUAUAAUUGAUGUCAUCUUCUGGAUUUGCAAGUGGUUCGCCUUCAGUUACUUGGGUACCGCUUUCCUGCUUUCCUCGUUCGAUAACAUUUGGCGCUUCUAUAGCUCUGUCUAUCACAUUGGAUACAUCAGCUGGGCGGUUCUGGUUGCCCUCGGUCUGUAUCUGACCAAGUUGAAGAAGGCAGCAGAACGCAGAGAAAAACGAGCCGCAGAUUCCGCAGGAGAUGCCAAACAAAAGGCUCAAUAAGCGAAUUUUGUCUAUCCAAAUAGUUAAAUAUUGUUGAACUUUCCGGGUUCCGGGAUUUAUUACUUAUGUCUAUCAGUCAACUUAUUUACUCUGUUGUCAAACAUAAGAUAUUAAUCAAAUGGUAAACUAGUUAACUUUAAUAUUAAGCGAAAAAGUUAAAACGUAUCAUGUCCAUGUUUAUAAUUAAAUAAAGUAACUAAAAUCUUUAUUAUACCCU